UCCUAGAUAUUACAUCUUCAAGAAAUUGUUUUGAGAUUCAAAAAGAAAUAUGGAAGAAAAUUACAACUUAAUUCCUAAAUAUGAAGAUUUUUCCUCUAAGUUCCCUCCAAACUUCAGUUCUUAUGAAUCCAACAUCUCUUCGAUUAUCGAACUUAAUUCAAACAUUAUGUAUGGUCAUCACCAACCUCGAAUACCGGCCGUAGUUAAUUUCUCUCCAUCUUUCAGUUGUAACAACUCGAGUAGUUCAAACGAAACCGAUGAGGGCCAUGUUAUCAUUAAUGAGAGAAAGCAUAGGAGGAUGAUAUCGAACCGGGAGUCUGCUAGGCGGUCAAGGGUGAGGAAACAAAGGCAACUUGACGAGCUAUGCGCCCAAGUCUCGUGGCUCAGAAGCGAGAACCACGGGCUCAUGGUUAAGCUAAACCGGUUCUUAGAGGCCCAUGAAAAAGUUGUUCAAGAAAAUGAUAAGUUGAAGAAAGAAAGUUUGGAGCUAAAGAAGUUGGUUAGUGAAGCUCAACUUGAUAACACAUAUACUAAUUUAGGAGAUUUAGGGUUUUUGAGAGAUCUUCAUGAUGAUGUUGAUCAUGAUCAUGAUCAAGAUCAAGAUGAUGGUUUGCUUACUACUUGCACCACUGCUCAUCUCAGGGUUCAGUCAUCCUGUAGAUCUAACGUUGCGUCUACUACUUUUGAUUCCUCCACUUUGUUUUAAUUUGUCAUAUUGGUUGGUUUUUUUUAUUAUUAUAUGUAAAAGAAUGCUAUUUUUUCAAGAAUAUGUACUAUGAUGUUUUACUUUUGCUGGUGGUGUAUUGGAACUAUAUUCAAGGCAUUUCUUGUAACUCACCGGCCAAUACAAUAUUUUGUUCAAUUUA